AGAAAACUAAAGAUCUAAAAAGUGGAAAUAAAGAUAUCUACAUACCUAAGAAAAUAGUGAUUACUUUAACAAUAAACAUAAUAUACUAAUAUUAAUUUAUAAUAUUUUUAUAUGUAGUUGGAUAUUAAAUCAUUUUUAAUCCAACAAUCAUGCGUCCAUCAGUAACGAAGAGAACUCCUUCUAAAGUGACAGAGCUUUCAAAAGAAUUGCCAAGACAUAUAAGCUUCGUAAAAAGCCGGGUGGAUGUGGGUGGUGGUGAUAUGGAUUGGUUAAGAGGAAAGGUUUUCUUAAAACCAGAAGAUCAAUUACAGUUAUCAGAAGCAGAAUUACAAGAAGAAAUUGCAAGAGUUCUGACUAUACAUAACACAAGAGUUCCAGAUUCUUUAGUGGAGUGGUCAUGGAAAUUAAAAAAUUUCAUACUACUACCUCCUCCGCCACAUUUAGUGACUGUUUUAAAUGUACCUGGAUCAUUAUUACACAAAGAUUCUGAAGAAGCUAAAAUACAAUUAACAGGAGGACUUGUUGUGGAUACUCCUUUUGAAGAAGCCAUAGUACAUGAUGAUGAAGAAGAAAGAGGAGAAGAAGAGGAAGAAGAAGCAGACAUUGAAGAGCCAGAAGAAAUGGCAGAUCAUAAAGAACCAGAACCAGAACCAGAACAUGAACAUGAACAUGAAGAUGAAGAAGAGAUAGAAAAAAUAAAACCAAAAAAAAUACCAAAUCAGUUCAAUUUUUGUGAAAGGGCUGCCUUAACAUAUACUAAUCCUAUGAGAGAAAUGAGUACCCAAACAAUACCACCUCCAACAGGAAUAUUUAAUACCCAUGUUUUCCAAUGGACAAUCUUCGACGAGUAUCAGGAAGACUUUGCUCAACAACAACGUGAAAAAGAAAAAGAAAGAAGACUUCCAGUCCUACAACUCAAAAAGGAAGAUGUAAAGAAAAAAGCUCAAAUAGAAUCUACAGCAUUAACAUAUAGAAUGUUACAGGCUGCAAAGACAUUGGAACGAAUGAUAAACCAAAAUAUUUUUGAUGAAAUAGCUCAAGACUAUAGAUAUUGGGAUGAUCCAAGUGAUGAAUUUAAAGUUGGAGAAGGUUCAUUAUUACCUUUAUGGAAAUUUAAUUAUGAAAAAACCAAAAAACAUGAUGUUACAAAUUUAUGUUUCAAUAGUAGAUAUUAUGAUUUAUUUGCAGUUUCAUAUGGAACAAUGUCAUUUAGUAAUUUGAUAACAAAUGGAACAGUAUGUUUAUUUAGUUUAAAAAAUCCAUCAUAUCCAGAAUGGAUCUGUCCAACAGAGUCUCCAGUAAUGUGUUUGGAUUUCAAUGAACAACAUCCUCAUCUUUUAGUUAUUGGUACUAUGGAUGGUGCUGUUGCUGUUUAUAAUAUUAUGUUGCCACCAACAGCUCCUCAAUAUAGAAGCAAUGAUGUUGUUCAAAAACAUGGAGGUAUUGUGUGGGAGAUACAUUGGGCACCAGACACAGAGGAAGGUAAUUUAGCAUUCUACAGCGUUAGCAUUGAUGGAAAAAUAAAUUACUGGAUAUUAAGUGAAAAUGACCUUGCUUUAACAACUGUGAUGACCCUUUUUCUGGACAGACCACCAAUACCUGGACCAGAUGGUACUAUGAUUACUCUUAAAGGAACAGAAGAAGGAACAAUCUAUAAAUGCAAUACAGCAUACAGUAGUGUUUAUAUGAGAACUUAUAAUGAAGCACACAAUAUGCCAGUCUAUCGGAUAGUAUUUAAUAAAUUUAAUUCUAGCAUAUUUGCAAGUUGUUCUGGUGAUUGGAGAAUAAAAAUAUGGGAAGAUGAUAGGAUGGAACCCCUAUUUAUGUUUGAUCUUGGUAUUCCCAUUGGAGAUGUUCAAUGGGCACCAUAUAGUUCAACAGUAUUAGCUUGUGUUUCAAAUGAUGGAAAAGUUACAGUGUUUGACUUAAAUAUAAAUAAAUACAGACCAAUAUGCAGCCAACAAAUUGUUAGUAGAAAAAAAUAUAAACUAACUAGACUUGCAUUUAACAAUAAAUUACCAUUUAUUAUAGUAGGUGAUGAUAAAGGUACAGUAAAUACAUUAAAGCUGUCACCAAACCUCAGAUUAAAAGUAAAGCCAACCAAGAAGCAACUUCAUUUGACACAUAGAGAAUUAGAAAUUAUGAAAUUAGAGAGAUUAUUAAGUUUUGUACGUGAACCAGCUAUUUUACAACCACCAAAGGAUACAAGGGUAGAAACCUAAUUAAGCCAUAUUUUUAAUUACGGAAAUAUUUGUAUAUAUAUUUUUUUUAAUAAAAUCUAUUUAGAUAUGA